AUGAAGGGCGACUCGCGCGACACAAUGGCUCCGUCGGGCAUCGGCUCCGUCGUCUCGUGUGAGCCUUCACCUGACUACAAACCUCAGAACGAAGAUGUAGACUAUCCACAAACCCACCUAAAGAAGCGCUUCACACUGCUAUCCACGAUCGCAUUCGGCUUCACAACUAUGAACUCCUGGGUCGCCUUUGCUUCGGGUCUCGCUGUCCCUCUCUCAUGUGGCGCUGGACCAACUCUAAUCUACGGCCUUCUCGUCGGUGGCAUCAUCAUGACCAUCAUCGCAGCAGGGUACGCAGAGCUUGCUUCUGCCUUUCCAUCUGCAGGUGGCCAGUACCAUAUAGUGUACAUGACGUUCCCAGCUUCAAGCCGCCGCUUUGCAGCGUUCUUUACGGGAUGGAUGUCAAUUCUAUAUACCAUUGGGGCUACAGCGUCUUGCAGCUUCUUUAUUGCACAGUCGAUAUUGAACCUGGUUACUUUGUGGAAUGAGACGUAUGUCGCUGAGAGCUGGCAUGUGUAUCUCGUCCAUAUCUGCCUAUGUACUAUUGCUUUCUUGAUUGCAUCGCGGUGCCCCACUGCCAUUGGAAGCAUUGGUGUUUCAGUGCUCUGGCUAUCAAUCAUCGGCUUCGUCGCAUCGCUUGCAACACUACUGGCCGUGCAAGAAGUCAAGCAGCCUAGCGAAUUUGUCUUUACAGAAUUCACAAACGUUUCCGGUUGGACCGAUGGUUGGGCUGCCAUGAUUGGUCUCGCAAGCUGUCUUUGGGCCUACUGCGGUAUUGACGCGCCGAGCCAUCUCUCCGAAGAGGUCGAUAAUCCGAGCCGAAAUAUCCCCAUCGCUAUUCUAACAACUAUCAUACUCGGGAUCAUCACUGUUAUUGCUUGGAACAUUGGUCUGAUGUAUGUCAUCAAAGACGUUCAGGGACUUAUUGCUUCGGGUGCGCCUAUCAUGGAAGUCUAUAAUCAGGCUCUGGGCUCAAAGACUGCAACAACGAUCUGGGCAGUCUAUUAUAUCCUUGUCUUUUAUCACAUCAUUCUCAACCUUUUCGUCUUCUCAUCUCGAAUUUUGUGGUCAUUCGCACGAGACGGCGGUGUUCCUUAUUCUCGCUAUGUCUCUCACCUCCAAUGGUCCAACCCAGUCCGCGCAACAGGUAUCAUGCUUUUUCUCCAAAUCAUCAUCGGUAUCCUCUAUAUUGCUUCGAAAACUGCAUACAGCAGUUUCAUCAACUUGACUCUGUUCGCACUCAACAUCACUGUUGUACUGCCCCAGUCUGUCUUGUUAUUCACUGGCCGUGAUUCGUUACCGAAGCGGGCAUUUUCGUUGGGCAGAUAUGGUUAUCUCGUCAAUGCGCUGGCAACAAUCUCCAUGCUUUUCUUUAGUGUCGUGUUCGCAUUCCCUGUUGGCCGUCCUGUAACUCCGAGUACCAUGAACUAUUUGGUUGUCAUCUUCGCACUUAGUCUCAUUUUCAUUGUUUCGUCGUGGCUGUUGGGUCUUUCCAAUCGUUUUACCGGACCAUCGGAGGGAACGGUACAUAUUUAA